AAUUGUACUUUUUAUUCGUAUUAUAUAAAAUAAAAGAAAACACUGAAAGGCAGUUGUUUUAUUUUGAAAGGGGCAUCCGGAAGUUUGAGAUUAUACGCUAAACAACUUGACACUGCUGCUCUCAGAGUAGUGUGUUCCUGGAAAGUGUGAGGAUCUUUAUUUAAUUUGGCUUUCUCUCUCUGUAGUGUUCUUAGGAUUCGUUAGAGUAGAUGGGUUGUUGAAAGAGAUGCCGGGUGGGACGAAUUCUUAACUGGACGUUUAAAAACGCAACAAUCUCUCCCGUCCGGUUGUUAUGGAGCAGCCACCUGGGAGCUUAGAUGAUCUACAGCCUCAAGAUCUUUCCACCUCCAGCAUCCCCACUGUGACUGACCUGACCAGGAAAGGCGAGGAAUGUGUCCUCAACACCACGUCCCUCGACGCCCUGCGGAUGGUCAAGAGCCCCGGCUGGUACCCAAACUCCGGGACCAGCAACCCAGGAUUACCCUUCUCUGAGGCCGGCUCCUCGGACAUCACACUCCAAUCAGGGGAUCAAAUUCAACCAGACAAUGCCUUCUCCCACACUACGGUCACCCUCUCCUACGUGAGCAGGUCUCACGUCUUCUCCACUCACGACUCCCUGUCUCAGCGUUCGCCUCUGUACGGUGUGCCGCCUAUUAGCAAGUUGUCCCUCCACCCUCCUCGUGACUCGGAUAAAGUGCUUGGGGAGACUGGCUGUGCUCUCAACCAGCAUUGCUUGGAGCAGGUUGAGGAGCCCGUGGACCUCGCCACGCAGACCCAACUUUUUCCGUCAUUAUCUCAGGCUCAGGUGGGACCAGAGAACGAUGGGGGAGUAUGUCUAACACAGGAGCCUCGUGAGUUCAAUGGUGGAGUCGUUUCCAGCGAUGGCGACGUGGAUAUGCGUGUACAAGGCGAAGAGGAAAACAGUAGGGGUUUGGAGAAUGGUCAGGGUGAUAGCUGGUCGAGUUCGGGAGUAUGUGCUGAAUCCUCACCGGAAACUCUCAUCCCUGCCACAGGGGAGGAUGAGGAGAGGGGCGGCUCUGAGGUGCCCUUUCUCAUGUCUAAGAAACAGGACCCGGACAGCGUGGGUGCUAGAGACCUGUGUUUACUGAGCAGGGAGUACAUCAGUCCUCUGGAGGACCCCGUCUCCCCAUCAGCUACCUCACAGGAUGUAGAGGAUGUGUUCAUCCUGCCUCAGGCCUCCAGCUCACCCAGCGGCGACAACUCUUAUCUAGAGACAACUGACGAGGUUGCGUGGGAUGGCUUGAGUACAGAAGGGGCCAUUCAGCCAGGCUCUGGCAUCAGCGAUAGUACCACGAGGUUAAAUUCAAGCGAUGAAAAUAAGCAGCCUGUCCAUAUACGGAAGGCAGUGUUGCAGCCUUUCAUUGACUUGACAGACGAUGUUUGUGUGUCGGAUGCUUCGGAAAACAAACCCAAGACUGUCAUUCCUCACAUGAACGGGAAUGCAAAGGCACUACAGAGAACUUUAAAAGAAAAGAAACUGCCAGUGCGUUCCGGCAGAGGGACUCGGUUAGAGGCUAUAGUUAUGAACAUAAAUUCAAGCAGGUAUAAAGUGUCAGGAUGCAUACGCACCAAUAAGAAAGCAAAUGCUUCCCGGUCGACGACAGAUAGUGACUCUAAGUUAGCCGGUCCUAAGAGGAGUGCCAGCCUGUCAGCGGGAAAACGGAAAAGCAGGGCGAAAGCGUCUCUCUCUCUCUCAGUGAAAACAAUGAAACAAAAAGCAGUAAUUUCAAUGAAAAGGGGUAAAACUAAUAACGUUAACACUGACAGUUGCAAAGACUCUACCUCUGAUUCUGAAAUCAAUAAUUCUAAAAAGUCACAGAGCAGCACACCUCCAAAAAGCCCUCUGUUUGUUGCGCACAAAAACUCAAAGAAAGAGCCAGAGCAUCUUUCUCACACUGACCCCUCUGUGGAAAUUCAUGUGGCAAGAUUUUCCCCACCCCCACCACCACCACCAUCAAAAUCUCCAAAGAAAAGCCAAGGCAAAGCCAAAGGCAAGGCUACAGCUAGCAAAACAUCUCCCACUGCCAAGACGAAGGGGGCUCGCACUCCGAAGAGUAGGCGAAAGAAACACACGCAGAGCCAGUCUUCCUCCAUGUUCUCGCCCAAGGAGCCGGAGCUCAAGUUGAGGUACAUCAACUACAAGGAGGAGAAAAGGGACUUGAGGUUAGACAGUUUCUCUCCGUUCAUCCGCGUGGAGCGGCAGCAGUCAUCGCCGUCACUGUGUACUGUAAUCAACUACCCCGAGGAGGUAAGGACCCAACACAAGAAGGGCCAGCAGCAGCAGGCUCACCCCGGCGGCUUUAUUUCUGCAGUUGUACCCAGCACUUCCUGUCUGCAGCUGGGCCGUGCAUCCACGCACAGCCAGCACCAGCGCUCUCUCGUCUGCUGCCUGUGUGGGCAGUCGGCCAACGCCAUGGACUUGGGGGACCUCCACGGCCCUUAUUACCCCGAAGGGUACCAGCCAAGCACCAAAACACCAGCCAGCAUGUCGGGCCUCAAAGAGGACGAGGACGACUACAGCGAUUCAGACUCUUCGUCCUGCAGCAUCAGGGGCAGGGGGAGGAAGUGUGCCAUUCCAGCCACAACACGGCCCCCCAGGCCAGGAGCUCAGCUGAAGGAGAAGGUCCUCCCGGAGAGCCACCGGUGGACCGCUGACAGUACUGGCAGCCCUGCAGCUAAGCGGCCUCGGUCAGACGCCGGCUCUGCUGCUGUGGAGGACUGGUACAGCCCCCCUGUGCUGCCCCUGGAGCCCUGUGAAUACUGGCUCCAUGAAGACUGUGGCAUCUGGUCUGCGGGCAUGUUCCUUGUGAAGGGCAAAGUCUACGGACUGGAGGAGGCUGUCAAGGUGGCCCAGGAGACGAUGUGUUCGGCGUGCCGUGAGCCAGGUGCUACACUGGGCUGCUUUUUCAAAGGCUGUCCCAACAAGUACCACUACAGGUGUGCUCUAGAGUCAGCAGACUGUGUACUCAUUGAAGAAAAUUUCUCCAUGAAGUGUAAAAAGCACAAGAACAAGACAUUCAAAGCCCCUCCAGGGAACCGAUGGGAUGACAGGUGACAGAGUUAGCAGAAACCUCAUGAGACGUUCACCUGCAACAUCCCGCAGGGGCUCUUGUUCCCCUUCUGCUGGUAACCAUGGAGACUGGACCAGGGUUCUUCUGACUGACAGCUAGCACCCGUAAACCUUAACUUCACCCUCUGCUCUUCAACUGCACUGUUAACCCCUGACACUGUGACUGGAGGAGCCCGGUCACCGACGCCUCCGUCAGUCCAGUCUGACGGCGCUCAUCAGACACCAACGCCUGCAGACUGAGGAAACUCUCAACUUCACAUAAAGUAACAUGCUGAAUUUGUCAUUUGUGUUAUCACUUUGUAGUUAUUUAUAUGGAUUUUUUUUUCCUGGAUUAAAUACGAAUAACAAUCAAAGAUAUUUAAUUUUUUAAAGAUUUUGUAAAGUAUUUGAUUAUAUUUGGUUUAUUUAUUCCUGGAGUUUUCUUAUUGGCUUCUUCAGCGGUUGUCAAAGAGGUUUGAUUGUGUGUUUUUUAAGUUAUUGCUGAAGCAGUUCAAUGUUGAAUUAUCAAGCCAGUCAAGGAGAUACUGGUUUUAUUAAAAGAUGGGACAGAAAAGGCUUGGACGGUCGAGAUAUGACCCUCUCAGAACAAGGUACCCGAUUGGACGCUGACAGCAGGGUUCCAUAUUAAACUUUUUUUGGAUCAUGACACAUGGCAUUACAUUUUGUUUUACAAAGAGCGGUGCAAAAAGUCUCAAAUACAGCCAAACGACACUUGCACUGAAUGUCGGACCCGGUUGUUGUUAUUGAGGGGACUGAACAGUGUGUUUGAAUGUAUUCUCCCCAUGUGAGGGGUUUUGCAGGAAGCACUUUUGGAGGGGCACUGAACAUGUCUGGUCCUCUGUUCCUGCCCCCACUAUCGUUUGCUUCAGGCUCCCUCGUGACUCUUUGAGGUUCACAGGCCAUCCUGUGAAUUUAAAAAGAGACAUCCAACCAUCAGGAUGAGACCAUGUGAUUUUUAUUUGGCUUAAAGCACUUUGGCCUCCCACUUCAGGCUGGCAGAAUUUAAAUGUUCCCAUGUUGUGUUCGUCUGCGCGGCCCUUAAAUCAGUUAGUAUCUUAACGGAAUUGCAAUACAAUUUGUUGAAAGCCCUGUUUGGGGACAAUGAAUUAAACCAGGCGUAGUUUUCCCCCUAGAAGUAAAGGGAUUCCUUUCAAUGCAAGUCAUCUGCUGUUUACUGGGGUUUCUGCUGUCGGAGCUGAAAUCAUUUCUUUCUGUUCAGUUUCAUUUUCUGAAUUUUGCAGCACAAAAUUCACAUUGCUUUGAGUGUACCUCAACAAACCCUCUUUGGGACUUAAAGGACUAGCCGGCUUCACCAGUGUCACUAAAGUUUAAGAAGGACGUAUGAUUGCAGAUUUCUAUGCUGACAUUGAGAAUCUUUGGUUUACAUCAAUCUUAAUUUGAAUAGGAAUGGCAAUGCUAGUAUUAAGAUUCCUGAUAGUCUACUGCGAUUGUAUUUCUUGACUUGGGCCUAAAUGGUGAAUUCCCACCAGAACCCUUCUGAAAAAGCCUUAUCUGACAUACAAGAGCUGUAUACAGUUUUUCACUAGCUUGUGGUGCAACGACAAAUCAGUGGAUGUACAUCACCUUCCUUUGGACAUCCUGAUGACUGAAGGCAGCUUGCGUGCACUUUUCUGCUGCAGACUUUGUUAUCAAUAGCAGGGGCAAGGCCAAUUUCCUAAUGAACCCUCUGACCACGCAGGUACGCACUGACUGUCUGGGACUUGUGUAAACCAUGUACUGAGAUUAGUUCCCAGUGUAUUAGUACUUGUUGAAUCAGGUGAUGAGGUCAGGGCUUUGGCCUGUCAGCCUGCCUGUUUGUUUUAGAGAAAAGUCUAUAUGUGAUCAGUGUUGGUGUAACGUCUAUGUACUUUUGCAUAGCACCUUUAGGGGCAGCGUUGUGCCGUCUGAGACCUGUGUGUGUGUGUGUGUGAGGUCCAUUAAGCCACGGCUCGAUGUUUACGGAUGUCCACACAGAGGCAGCCGAAGGCUUCGUCUGCUUGUCUCACCAGCAGCAGGACACGACACACACUCUCACACACACCCAAAUCUCCUUAUCCUGGAACACCACGUCGAUUUCAUUUGUGCCAUCCUCAUGUUUUGUGUAUUUUAUAUUUUGUUGCAGUGGAAUUGAUUUUUAAAGAGUGUGUGUCAGCAAGCCUGAAAUUAUCAUUGCAAUUUAUUUUCAAUUACAGGCAGUUGUUUGCAUUGUACCAAAUACAGCUUUUGGAAUAUGUUUUUAUUCUUUUUAAAAUGUUUGGAAAAAAUAUAUUUUGUCCGUGUGUUAAUCUCAGGGCUGAAUCUCAGAUAUUCUAAUGAUUUGAAUUUUAUUUUGGGAUUUUUCCUUUUUUUUUUUUUUGGGGCUCAUCGUUUUGACCCCACAGUGACUGGAGCAAUGAUACAUGUAGCAGGAUGUGGUUAUGUCCUCAGAUGCAAAGCCUGUCCUGGUACACACUACUCAUCACAUUCCAACGCCUCCUCCACGUGUCUCAGUGCUGUGGUGUUUUUAGGUUUAACAUGGGACUAGGACUGCCAACUCGUGUCACUUUCUUAAUGGUCUUUAUUUUUUGGCAACCUUUUGUGCCGUCUUGGUCGCCUCUUGGAGCAUCAGAGGUCAUGUAAUUGUCAAAAAUAAAUAUUUUGUUCAA